UGAGCGAGAGGGAGAGAGAAAAAAACGACUAGUCAGGGUCGCAUCAACUGUUGAGCCGGGAAAGAAAAAGAGAGCAACAGAGAGAAGGAAAAAGGAGAGAAGGAAAGAAGAAGAAAGAGGUAAAAAAAAAAAAAAAAUGAAGUGAUAAUCCAACAAAAAACAUUUAAAAAAUAAUUUAGAGUAAAAACUGAAACUGUCAGGGAGGAAAGAGCAAGACAGAGACAGAGAGAGAGAGAGAGAGAGAGAGAGAGAGAGAGACUGAGAGAGGAGGGGGUGUGUAGAGGGGAGGGGAGGGAGGGAGAGAGAGAGAGAGGGAAGAAGGGUGUGAUCGUGAACGCACCACCCUCUCUCCCCCCUGUAUGUGCGGCUGGUCGCUGGAGUGACUCCUCUCUCACACACAGAAUAUAAAAAAGUUGGGCAAAGUCUGCCGCGUCUUCAAAGCUCCGAGGCGAACGCAGCAACUCUCCCCCCCUCUGGAACUAGAGCGGACACUGAGAAGACACCCCCGCGCCUCCUCCUCUUCCUCCUCCUCCUCCUCCUCCUGCUCCUCUCCUCCCGUUAACCGCGCUCAGACCGCUGGACUCCACGCUGAAGGAUGUGGGCGCUGCUUCUCGGGGUCACUUUCGGAUUACUGACCUCCGCCAGAACGGACUCGGAUCAAGUACAUUCCCGGACCUGCAGCUAUGCUGGAGUGUUCCAUGUGGAAGGAAGCAACCGCUACUCCCUGACGUUCGAACAGGCCGAGAAGCUGUGCCUCGCCAUCGGCACGGUGCUGGCCAAUGAGGAGCAGGUCAGGGAGGCCCACGCCAAAGGCUUAGAGACAUGCAGGUAUGGCUGGAUUAGCACCCGCAACACAACAAUCUUACGGCACCAACCUCAUUUCAACUGUGCGAACAAUCAGACUGGAGUACUCUUCCUCACUGAGAAGCUGGACCAGCCCUAUGAUGCCUACUGCUUCGAUGCGUCAGAUACGUUGGAAAAGAACUGUGAUAACCAAAUCUUCAGAGCUGAGGACUUACCCGCAGAUGGCAAGGAGGCCCCUGCGGAUGAGCCCAGCCCAGAUGGGGAAGGUGCGGGAGAGGAGGUGGGGACGGACGCUCCCGUCGCCGCGGUGCCUGGGGAGGACCAGGGAGCAGCUCCCGAAACCACUGCGGAGCCAGAGGCCGAGGGCGAAGCAGGGGAGCAGCCUGACGCUGCAGCGACCCCUGACCCCGCAGAACACGCGGAAGCCGCAGUCCCUGCAGACCCUGCUGAAACAGGGGAACCAGCCGAAACAGGGGAACCUGCCGAAACAGGGGAACCAGCCGAAACAGGGGAACCAGCCGAAACAGGGGAACCUGCCGAAACAGGGGAACCAGCCGAAACAGGGGAACCUGCUGAAACAGGGGAACCAGCCGCAACAGAGGAACCAGCCGAAACAGGGGAACCUGCGGAAACAGGGGAACCUGCGGAAACAGGGGAACCUGCGGAAACAGGGGAACCAGCCGAAACAGGGGAACCAGCCGAAACAGGGGAACCUGCGGAAGACGGUGGGGAGGAUGCGGAGCAGGCCACACCCCCAGCCCCGGCCCCGGAGGCACCGGAAGACUCAGAGGCGGGGCCGAGCGAGGAUCCAGCCAGCGAGGAGCAGCCCACAGAGGCGGAGGAGCAGCCAGGCGGCGCCGUCCCGGCCGAGGACCCCCCCUCGGGGGAAGCUGUACCCACGCCCGACCCCGCCAUGGAGGGGGAGGUGCAGCCCGUCGACCACGGCCAGGACCUGGCCGCGGCGGCCCCCCCGCCGAACGAAGCUUCCAUCCCCGUCGGCCCCCAUGGACGGAUGAAUGCGGACGUGGGCCCCACUGCAGCAGGGCGAGAGAGCGGCGGCACUCCAGAUUGGCUGAUCAUCAUCGUCGUGGUAGCAGCCAUUGCUGUCAUUCUCCUUGUGUGUGCCGCGAUCGCCACCAGGAACAGGUGGUGCGGAAAGCAGCAGACGCUGAUGAUCACGUCGAAGGAGGCGGGCGAGGGGAACGGGGCGGCGGCCUCCAGCGCACGCGCUCAGGAGCGAGACCAGGAGAUGGUGACGCUGAUGAACAAAGAGAAGAUCCAGGAGAACGGGAACACGGAGGAGUUCACCGUGAUCACGCUGGAGGAGUCGCCAGACAAGUCCCAGCUGGCCUAGGCAACGGGGGGGGCGGGCGGGGGGGUGGGCGGCGUGCAGGGUAGGGGGUCUUGGGGGGGAGGGGGGUAGAGGCUAGCAGAACGAGGGACACCAGUGGGUGUAUCAGAGAGGCGUACGGUAGGCAGAGCUUAAGGGCGUGCACUUUGACCUGGAAAUAAAAGAAAACAUUUGGCCCACUGCAACAUUGCCCCACCCCACCCCACCCCCACUCCUCCCUUCCAGGUGGGGUUUGUAAUUGCAAUGUACAGGUGGGCAAAGCAGGUGAUGAUUCAGCCCAGAUCAGGUAGAAAAUAUCUGCCCCCCCGACCCACCCAGCUACCCCCUCCAGGUUACAAACCUAGCCAAGCCUUUUCCAGGAGAGAGGGCCACUUUAUCCAAAUUAGGGUUGGGAUCGAGGUACAGGCCAGUUUAGAAAAAUAUGGGCCAUUUUCCAGGCCUGGGAGUGAGAGCAUCACCAGCCUACAGCCUACUGGGGGGGGGGGGGGGGGUGGAUGUGAGGGGGAUGGGGAUGAGGAUGUGGGGGGGGGCAGGAGGACAGCAUGCGUGUGAGUGGGGAGGGGUGAAGGAUCCUGAGAAAGUGAGAGGGAAUCGGAGUGUGAUGGGAGGGGACUGCUGUACAUAGGGUCUGUGAAGCAGAUGCUUCAAUUUCUGACUUUACAGAAACACAGUAGACAGAGAUAAACAAGCAAACGAUAGUCGUCCAUCAAUUAAGGGUUUUUCACAACAUCCAUUAUUGAUGUAACGGUUGAGUGUGUUACAGAAGAGUCUACUCGUGUGUCAUCUGUUUUUUUUUCCUUUGUCUGAGUUGUAUUUUUCAACAUUUCCUGUGGAUUGGGAUAUAUUUUCUGUUCAUGAGUUACAAUGGUGAGAAGCUAAGAUGUUUUUAUUUUAAUUUAUGUUUUUUUCCCCUGUAUAUACUGUAUGUAUUUUUCCCAUUUCUUUAGAUUUUGAGAACUCACUUGUGUUCAUUACUGAGUCAGUGACCUAUCCAUCAAAUUUGCUAUUUUCAUUAAUCUAAUCAACAAAAAAUGGAAAGUCAAUGUGUAGGAAAUAUGUAACAAAAGCAGUGGAUGUUUUAUGAAUCAGACCAGCUCAUAGUGGGGGGAAAUGAAAAAGAUGCUUGUUGUUGACUGUUAUUAUAAAACGUCACAUAUCAGUUGCCUAAUGUGGGGGAAUAAACACACAUUAAGAGUGAAGUUUCACAUGUUAUUGUAAUUAUUGGUGAGAAUGAUCUGGAUAGCUUGACUGGAAAUUCCAUGCUGAGAAUGAGCAUGCCCUGACAUUCUGUUGCAGAGAAUGCUGGGAAACUGAGUUCAAAUAGGGUUAAGACAGACGUUAUAUUGUGUAUCUAAGUGAUCUAGCCAUGAAGCAAAUGAAACUGUUUUGUUUCUUUUCGACUCGAAUAGAAAGACACACUGCAGACUGUCAUCACCCAGUAUGAACACCUCUGUCACACAAACACAGAACAAUCCAGAGAAAAACCAAUAACACCCUGCAACGUGUCAUGUGAGAAAAAAUGUGACAAACCUCUUCUGCAUUUCAAGCGCCUAAACGCAUUCAAAGAGAAGAUGCCUGCAAGUAAAUGAAAGGAGUUUGAUAUCACUUGAAAUCCCCACAUCUGUGCUGUAAUUACAGUUAUUGCUGAAGGUGGUGUGCUCUGUGCAUUUCUGUUGAAUAACAACUCAAAUUCCGGUAUAUUUGCACCUUUGUUCUGAAUCAGAGAUAUAUUUCUGCUCUGAGGCAUUGAUGCCCAGGCUCACCUGGUCUCCACGGAGUUUCCUGAGAGGUGAAAAUGUGCUCGGAUCUGGCCAGCAGCUUUGUGCGGUUCGCUCAUGUGAAAGACAGAAUAAAUGAAUGUCAUCCUACAGGGACUUUCUUGGUCUCUUCUUCCCAAACAAUGACAAUCUGAAUGGUGAACAACAGUUGAAAUGUUUUAAAUGUCUAUUGUUUUUUCUUUAUUUGUUUUAUUUUUCCUUUGUUUUUCUUUCUUUAUUGGAUAGUUUUUAAAUAUUAUUUUUCAGUAGCUAUAAGGAUUACUCGUACACUCAUAAGAAAUGUGUGAAUUAACGAAUUGACAAAGAUUGCAAAUAAAGACAUUUACAAUCGAA